AUGUUCGAGAGCUGGGUCUCCGACCUGCUGGCCAGCUCGCUGGGCCACUUCAUCGACGUGCAGCGAGACCAGCUGAGGAUCAGCCUCUGGCACGGUGUCGUAAUCGAAAACGCACGACUGCGGACAGACGCAUUCGACUACCUGCAGUUCCCCUUCAAAGUCAAUUAUGGAUGCAUCGGAAGGCUGCAGCUGCAGGUUCCUUGGAGGGCACUUCGCUCAAGCCCUAUUGUGGUGGAGUUGUCUGAUGUCACACUGUCUUGCACCCCCUGGGAUGAACAUGAGGGUGAGGAGAUCGUCAAAGUGCUGUCAUUUUCGGCCCUGUUCGUGUACUGGAUUCCAACAGCACCGAAAGAUCCCAUGGCCGCCAUGCAAACAGAGUUUAAAGACGCAGACUACCUGAUGAAACCUGUCGACCUAUGUUUCUGGGUCUACCUACAUCCGUGCGGGCCCUCAGACCCAGCCAGGCUCCAGUUCCAGGUGCAUGGGGACGUUCGCGAUGUGCACCUGCAAAUGAGCUCAGCGCAGCUCAUUGGCUUGGCCCAUCUUUCAGAAGACUUUGCAAUCUGGAGCAGGCGGUGUCAGUUCGGGAAGUUCAGGCCACAGGGCUGGCGAACGGCGCUGCAGGUGCAGACCUGCAAAGAGGCAACCACCACCAGCGCCCCUGUUGGCUGGCGGUCCAUCUGGCAGUACGCGACCAAGUCUGUGAUGCAGGAGCUGAGGAUCCUCCAGCCUGGCUCCCUGCUUUCCAAUCCCAAGCUCUGGCAGCAGUGGCAUCGGCAAUACGACAGUCUGUACCGCAGGCAUGUGGAGGCCCUGCAGACGGGCGCGUCCUCAGGGCACAACUAUGCAGCAGAGCUGGCAGACCUGGAGACCGACCUCCCAGUGGCUGCGAUCAUGUUGUUCAGAUCGCUCGCAGAGCGGCGUAUGGAGCACAGAAGUGAAGGGAUGUUGCUUGCCCUCCCCUUCAUGGUGGGCAGCAUAGAAGCACUUCUGAGGGAUGACCACUUUCCGAUUGCGAGGUCGCGUACUCUGGUUUCUGUGGGAUUUGCAAACUGCGAAAGCAAGUUGGAGCUCGAGGGCAAGAAAAUCAUAGACUCUCAUCUUGGACUGGCAAGUGGCAAGUUCCCAGCAAUGUACAUCGCAUAUGACUCAGCAGACGAUGGCAAGGGAAAAAUGAGAGUUCGUGUGGACCCUUUGAAACUUGUGUAUCGUCCAAGGUGCAUUGGAAGGCUGCUGGGCAUUGCACGAAAGUUCCCCAAGGGAACCUGGCACGGACAUAUGUUGUCAUGUAUUUCUUCCCUGAAGAGCCGAAGAGCACAAAUUUUAGCCAAGGCGCAGCUCAUGUCAUACAUCCCACCCCUCGUGGGGUUGGAAGUCGAAUUGCACGAUUUCUUGCUGUGCUUUCCCAGCCAGGAUGUGCUUGAUGAACCCCCCUUGCUCUCGUGCCACUUUGAUUUUCUUGGGAUCGUUUCGAACCCCACAACAGAUGUGGCAAACACACAAAGGAUUUUGAGAAGAAUUCAGGCUGCAGCCCCAAUGGAGGCUACAGAUGAAAAGAGUGAAGCGCAUCAUUUGCUGCAGGUGAUGCUGGGGGACUUGGAGAGCAGCGUUGUGUACCGGCGAUCAGAAGUGCAACUAAAAGGGCUGCAGGUGUUUCUAAGCCACCAAGAGCAAGGCUCAAGCUCUGUGCGCUUUGACACGCUGAUCAGCAAGUUGUCAAUGAAUGCAGACCUGGAGCUUAGCCGUGUGCCCCAAGCAGCGAGCUCGCCAGCUUUCAGAAUGAGUUGCAGGUGUACAGAUGUGGGCAUCACAUUUACAGGGAUGCACAUCGCAGUGCUCGAGAACGUUGUUCAAGCACUGGCUGCUGAUGCGCAGAUAGCUGACCGAUUGCACGGUCAGGAGGGAGAACAGGUCAGCUGGUCUGAUGUUGUGUCCGGUGGACAGGGGACCAAAGUCUUUAACACUGGUGAGCAGGGUCUGAAAAAGUGUGCUGCUAAGGCACAGGAUGGCAAAAAGCUGGGGACAGAACUUGGUGAGGGUGAGGACUGCAGUUUGGAAAGCCGCCCUGGGAACACCAUUGGCUUUGAGUUGUCUGUAACAACAUCCAAGCUGAAGAUCGCUUACAACGAUGCUGAGGUUGAUGUUGGAUACUUUUGCCUUGGAGGCACGCAAGAGUUAAGCUGCAAGGGAAUGGCUAAGAAUUCUACCUUGAGCAUUGCAGUGUCCAAAGAAAUAACCACAGUGUCUUGUUCGUUCAGUGACUUGACUGUGCACGACACAUCCAAGUAUGGUGGCAAGGUUCCCAGGCCCAAGGGGGACGUGUGUAGAAUGGCAAAGGGUCUUUCUGUGCACGACUUCACCCUUUCGCACAAGGCCAAGGUGAAUGGCGACUUCCAUGUGACAGGUGGCCAGGAGAUGGCCAUUGUCCUGUCCCUGCCUGGCAGCCAUGCUGGAAUGAUGCUCCAACUACCCUUCUUUGAGUGCGAACUUGCUUUCCUAACACGAAUUUUGAAAGGAGUUAAAGCUGCUGGAUGUGUGGAAGUGGGCCAUGUGGCUCUCAGAGAUGCCAAACUCUUUGCGACUGUGGAACCUCAGAGCUAUCUCUUGUCUCCAGUGGUGGAGAUCCCCAGCAUGGGUGUGGUGUCCAAGGGUGGCAUCACCAGCCAGAGGCCAUGGCCAUACAAUUGUGGACAGGUGCUGGACCAAGUUGUGUACAAUGUGUCACUGGGCGACAUUGGCAUCAGUUUCGACAAUCAUCAGGUGGAGGUGGCUAUGAGUGCUUUUGCCGAAGUAUUGGAGAGGGCAGCAUUGUACUUUCCUGAAUCAGAAUAUGCUUCAGAGCCAUGCUGUGAGAUGCAUCGUAACAAUCCUGUGGCGGAGGACACUGUUAUGGACAGUACCCAGCAAGAGGAGCUGACAAUCGUCGAAGCUCCACACCAACAGGUUGAUGUGUUUGUAGACAUUGCCAGUGUGCACGUCAGUCUAGACUGCAGCAGGGAAGAUGACCUGGAAACUCAUCUUCACUGGGCAGGUGCACAGAUGCGGUACCGCUGGGCAUACAGCAGGGAACUCCUUUGCAGCAGAGGUACCUCAGAAGCCCCGUCGCAGGAUUCAGACCAUUCUGAUUGUGGUGAAGCUCGAAGCAUGGAGCAAGAGGCUUCACAUGGCUUCCAUUCCGAGUUAACAGCUGGUGGUGGUCUGGACAAAGGUGAUGGUCCAAAGAUGCCAGCCACAGGAGUGAGCAAGCCUUGUAGUCAGCCUGGGAAGGAUGGCAUUCAAGAGCACCCUGUGGGAGUGGCCUGUCUGAACGUUACAAGGGAUGGUUCCCUGUCCUGGGAUUGCCUCACUGUGUCGAUCGGCACAAAAAUAGAGAGGGUGGCCCACCAUGUGGGCUGUGAUGGUCGGCUUGCUAUCCACACAGCAUCGGCUGAGCAGGGAAUGCCACCAGGUACAUUGGAUCGGAUCAACACGCCAGCAGGGAGUGAUUCCAAUGGUGGCACAGGCCCGAGCCCACGCUCUGCAGAGACAACUGACAGCAUCCUUCCCAGUGGCAGGCGAAGCCUAGAUUUCCAUUCAAUGGAUGAAGAACUGGAGAGUGGCCGUGGCAGCAGGGCUAGUUCUAUUGACUCCGAUCGUUCUUUUUCCACAUAUCCCGUUCGCUCCGAUUGGGCAGACCCUGGUUGCUCCAGUGGUGGCGAGGAGGAGGACUACCAGUAUCAGAGCACGGUCAAGGGUGCCUUGCUCCUUACCUUGUCCACAACAACAGCUGGUGGCUGCCUGCGGACACGAUCGAGUCAUCUGAUUGCACAUCCAGGGUUACAGGAGUGCCCUGCUUCUGGGACAGUGCCCUCUACCAAAACGACCAUUGAACUGGAUGAUGGACUUAAAGUUCAGCUCAACACUUCAGGUUGGAUGCCAUUGAUCCAUUCCAUCGAGGACGGCUUUGCGAUUGCUGGCAAGUACCCAAUGCUGAGGACUGGCCUGGGUUCGACUUCCAGCGGCCCAUCUGCAAGCCAGCAUCCUUUGGGGGUUGUCCAUUGCUCUGUCCCGAACCUGGAGCUCCACCUGUGCGACUUUGGCUUCAGGUCAGACAUCGAGGUUCAGAACAAGGCAACAGAGGCUGGGCAGAAGCCAUGCUUGCUGGCUGCCUGCAGCAGAAUGGAAAUGGCGGCCUCCCCCAGCUCUGUAUCUGGCUCGCUUGCUCACUUUGUCUUGUCCACUGGGUGGACCGCUGGCUGUCCUCACACAAGCUCAGAGGAUUGGGUCGUGACCAAGAACAAUGGGGGGCUUCUCAAGGUCGAGAAGCUGAGAGUGCAGGCCAGCCCACCGGCUGGUGUCUCGAGCAGCACCAAAAAUUCCCUUGGCUUCAAUUGGCCGCUGCUGAACAUCGUUGUUUCGCUGGAUGUUCUGGGUGUCUCAGGAUCGUAUCAGAGGCUUGGAGCAUUCCAACAUUUCGUGCAGAGCAUAAGGCAGGAGUAUGCCCAGCUGCCAGACAUGCCGGACAUUUCGGACAUGGGCAGCCCACAGGAUGAUAGGAGCACGUUGUCAACAAGGAGCUCCCUGUUUCCCUUCUUCCAGGGGCAGGCUCCCAGCCAAAGGGAAUGGAGCGAGUGGCCGUGUGCCCCUGAGUCCGUUGUGGUGACUCUAGGGAGCGCCAGAUUCCUGUUCAUUGACGAUCGCACUCAGACUAUACUGCCAUACUUAGAGUCUGCGAUUGAGGGCCUCGAGUUUGAAGCAAAGAGGGAGCAGAACUCCGAACUCGUAGCCUGGUCCUUCCAGCUGGCACCACAUGUUAACCUGUACAACAGGCACAAGAUGGGUUGGGAGCCUCUGUGCGAAGAUUGGGCGGUUAGGGUGGAUGGCCAGACGCACAUGCGCCACGAUGGCGGCCGGCAUGCCCCUCGGCCACAGCUUUGCACGGUGCUCAGGUGCACUGCCGAUCAGACCCUGGAGAUGACAGUGUCUCCGGGGAUGCUGGAAUGUAUGGGUGUGCUGCAUGACGCCAUCAGGACGGCCAUCACUUCAUGGCCAGCAGCUGGCGACAUGCCCUGUUGUGACCACAGCAGUUCACCCCACCUGGGCAGCCUCUUCACAACACACUGGCUGGACAACAAGACAGGGUGCAAGCUGGACUUCUGGACCUCGAGGCAAGGCCUGGGAGUGCAGAUGCCACAGAAGGUGCAGGAGGUGUGGAGAGUAGAUGCCGAGGAGAUUGUUCCUCUGAGGGCUGUGGCUGUGGGGGAUAUGCAGACCAUCAGCAUGGGCGGCAAACCACCCUCAAGGCCAAUGUCGCUCACAGAGAUGAGUUUUGCCUUGCCUGCUGCUUCCUCAGUGCCCAUCCAGGCGCCAGACAGCACAGACCCUCCUUUGGACCAGAACACUGGUUCGGGUUCAAGAUGCGAUGAAAGAGGAGAAACAGUGCCAUGGUUUGCACAAGACUUUGAACAGGAAACUGACCAGGUUGCUGAGAUUUCUGGGGUGAAAGAACAAGAGUAUGAUGAUUUGCAAGAUGCCACCAGCCAACGGGAGGUUUCACCUUCUCCUGAAUGUGCCAUUGAUGAUGAACCAGUUUCAUCAGGUUUCCCAAGGGAGUCAGGGGUGGACAUCCUUGACUGUCAGUUUAACAGCCUAGCGAAUUUUUCCCGUCACAGGCGAAUGCACCUCUACUUCCAGCUGGACGGCCAAGUGUGUGCAUGCGGGCCCUGUGCCCUUGACAGAGUGGGGACGACAAAGCACUUGAUAAGCCUUGACAGGGCGAUCGGCGACCCUGAGAUGCACCUCCACAGUGGCAUUGCUGCCUCUCCUACAAUGGUCGAAGCAGAGAUAGUGUGUGAGGUGCUGCAGAAAAAGGUUGGUGGGUUCAAUGUUCAGCUGCGCUCGAACGUGGGGUUGCUGAAUGACACAGCAUGGAGGCUGGAGGUUGGCUGCUGGCAUGCCAGAAGCACAGAACCGCAGAGUGUGCGGGGCCUUGCCCCUGGUGAGGAGGCAUGGCUUCCUGUGAAAACAGCUGUGGCAGGAUGGAUCUGCAUUCGCCCCUGUCCGGAGUCAACAGACCCAUGGGCGCUGCAGUGUGCUUGGAGCCAGCCUGUUGUGCUGCAGGAACUCUAUGGCAUGCUCCGCGAUGGGCGAAAUGGCCUGGGUGUCUUCUCACACCUCCGUUGCGAUCCUACUGCUGGCGGGGUGAAGCCUGUGUGGCUGUUCCUUGGGGCCAAGAGGUCACGUGAGGGCUCGCUCUCUCAGCUCCAUAUCUUGCCACCAGUCGUUGUGAGGAACUACUUGCCAGUGCCUACAGAUGUGUCACUGCUGGUGGCACCGCAGAGCACCCCAGGACCUAAGUCCAGAGUGGAACCAAGGUCACACAUGGAUGCAAACACGGUUUUGGGAAAUGACGUCUGCUGCAUCAGAUUUCGCCCGGAAGGCUUUUCUCAGUGCGAUGUGGACAGCAUUCCACCUAUCAAUGAUCAUUCCGAAUUUGGGCACACUGAACAGGCAGGACUGCUUUCAGGCUCUUUUGAAGACGUUAGCGGAGAAGAUGUUACAAUGCAGGUGUCUGCAGAAGGACACAGUGGCGUUCCUGUGCGGAUUCGUCAUUACGUUCAUGGCUUCACCGGAAGCCAUGUCUUUGAGCUCUGUUGCGCCUUUUGGGUAUACAACUGUGCUGGAAUACCCAUUGCCCUGAGGGAAAGCAGAGGCAAGGAGCCUGUUGUGGAGGAAGAGGCAGUCAGGCUUCCUGAGGACAGAGUUCCAAAGCGCUGGAUUCCUCCGUUCAUCGGCAAAGCAGAUGCUCGGCAGGCCAGUGCUGCAGCUGGGGCCCCAGGUUCCACAGCUUCAGUCCCAAUUUCUGGAAAAUACCCGGCAUCCACCUCCAGCUCGUCGCAACAGCCGCUGUCACAGAUGUCAUCCUCAACAGACCUUGUGGGCCUGGGUAGCGCUGUCAGAGCCGGCGAGGCAACCGAUUUCAAAAUCAGGACAGGCUGGGUUGGGCCCAGUCAGCAGAGCACCAGUGACAGGCAGUCUGUCCGAAAACGGGGUUCCUUUGCAGGCACAAGGUGGCCCUGGAUCGAGGGCGCAAACACACCGCGGCAUGGCCGUCUGCGGCUGCAGCUGCGCUCCAGCAUGGCCCAGGCGCCUCAGGGAGGCGAUUACUGGUCGGGCCCCGUGUCGCUGGAUGCCCUAGGAGGGGCUGCAGUCGUUCAGGUACCAUGCCCAAUCCAAGGCUCAGCAUCAAAGCCUGCCUUCCCAGCAGCUGCCUACUUCUUCUCGGUGACUGCUGUCCCUAUCCCUCAGGCUGGUGGGGCUUGGGCCCUGCACAUCAUGCCACGCUAUGUCCUGCACAACACCCUGAAUGUGAACCUCCGAUAUCGGCAGCAGGGUAUCCCCAUCGAGAGGGAACUGCCUUCAGGCGCCCGCCGCAACAUGCACUGGCCAGAUGCCUCACGCCCCUUGAGGCUAAAUUUCAGGGUGCAGGAGGCUGGGUGGCUGUGGUCAGGGGGGAUCCUGCUGGACUCUCCCGGGGACAUGUUUGUCAAGAUCCGCCACAGGCACAGGGAGGAGACCAUCUUGGUUGGGGUUGAUGUGAGCACGAGCAGGAGCGGGGUGCUGACCGCCACGCUAUCACGCCAGGAGGGAUUUGCACCAUACCGUUUGGACAAUUUCACGUCAGAGAAGUUGCACAUACGACAGGAAUCCUGGAGGGAUCAGGAAGACAUUCUACGGCCGUAUUCGUCGGUGCCCUUUGCUUGGGAUGAGCCAGCUGCUCCUCAUAGGGUGGUUCUGGAAUUGGCAGGUCGUCAAUACGUUGGCACGUUCAACUUAGAUGAGGUGGGGUAUGUUGCAUGCACCAGACUUCCUCCAAGCCGCAACAGUACAUGGUCUGACAGCCAACGUCGGAUACGUGUCAUCAUUGAUGCUGAGGGACCAACACGAGUGAUGGCGGUCAUCGAUGAGGAGUUUCACCCAAGGGCGGCCUUGGCUGACAACCCCUCGCGGACAGAGCACUUAGAUUGGAAGGGUUGGAGUUCGCCAUCGCUUGCUACCAUAGGGAGGAAAUCUUCUUCCCAGCCCAGCUACAGCCUGGAGGUCACCGUGCAUCUAUAUGCAGUGGGCCUCUCCCUGGUGUCGUCCACUCGCGAACUGCUGUACGCGUGGGUCGGCGAGCCGCAGCUUCGCUUCACUGUGAGCAAGAUCCGCUACACGUUCGAGUGCUCAGUGAACCGCUUCCAACUGGACAACUGCAUGGGUCAAGCUGUUUACCCUGUGAUGGCUAGGGGUCCCUUGUCCAGGAAUAUUGUGGGCGGCUGGCAAGGAAGUGACACAUCCAGGCUUGGGCUGUCAAGAGCAAAUGCCCUGGGCGUGCGAACGUCCAUUUGGCGCCGCCGCCCUGGGGGUGUCGUUUGUGUGGAGCAGCUUCACGUCCAUGUAGCCCCUUUUGCCCUUGAGUUCGAGGAGCAACACAUCUGGGAACUGGUUUCCUUUUUCGAGAACCAUGUCGAGCGCUUUGGUGAGGACUGGGGGCAUAUGGGCGGCAGACCCGGGGGUCAUGAGCCGGAUGUGAUCGCCUUGGAUGGAGGGGUCUGGGAGCAGGCCACCCCCAAGAGCAAAGUGUACUUCGAGCACUUGCAUGUAUCAAGGCUGGAGAUGACCGUCAGCUUCUGUCCAACAACGAGUCGCCUGUCCACACAGGAUGGCCUGGGAGGAAGUUCUGGUGCAGCUGGUGUGUUGCUGCAGCGUUUCAUAGCCCUUGCAGAUGUCGAAGGCGCAAGGAUACGUCUGACGGCUCUUGACUUGAAGCAUCCACUCUUGAGCCAGCACGCAUUCAAGUCCCUGGUUGGCAGGCACUACACCAAGGCCCUGUUGCAAGAAGUGUACAAGGUUGUUGGCUCAGCUGACAUCCUCGGCGACCCCACACGCCUGAUCCACCACCUCGGUCUGGGUGUGUGGUCCCUUGUGGCCAACCCAGCAGCCGCACUGGUGGAGGCUCCCCACAGGGGCCCCCUGGGGGUUGCUGUUGGCUUGGGGUCUGGCGUUCGCUCCCUCCUGGCAAACACAAUAUUCGGCUUCAGCAACGCGACUGCAAAGAUGUCGCUGGCGGCCUGGAAAGGCCUCGUGGUGCUCGGCCUCGAGGAUGAGAGCAGGCUCAGGAUGGUGCACCGAGGGCGUUGGAGGGAGGUGGUUCCAGGCGAAGAGGUGGACUCGGGACUGCCAGGGGCACUGCUCGGGGGGCUCGCCGGGGUGCUUAGGGAGUCGAUCCAGGGCGCUCAGGCUGGAGGCCCUCUUUUUGUGGUGGGCUUCUUGAGGGGGGCCGUCAGGGGAGCAAUCUAUGCACUGGUUCGGCCACUCGCCGCCACCCUGGAGAUGUCAUCGAGGAUCGCGGACAGCGUCCGCCUCUUCGUGUCGGGCUACCCGGCCCCCUUCCACCAGAUCCGCAUACCCCGCAGCAUCGACCCGGCGGCCGCCCUCCAGCCCUACGAUCACCUGGAGGCCGUCGGCAACAUGCUGGCGUCGGAUCCGCAGGUCAGGAAGCACAACGGCGUGCUGCUGGGGUGCGUCAACCUCUCCGGGAGGAACGCCUUCGCGGUGAUCACCCACAGGCACCUGCUCACAAUCUCCCUCACGGAGACCCACACCCUGCAGUACAUCCCCGAAGUGAAGCUUGCCCUGCCCCUGGACGACGUGGAGUACGUGAAGCUGAUGCCCAAGGAGGUGCGGUUCCUCGCGCUGGCCCCCGGUUUCAGGGAGGUCAACCGGUUCAACCGCCCCCAGCUGGCGAGGAGCCCUCAGUAUCCCUACGUGACGGGUGCCCUGGAGUGCGACGAGGGGAGGGCGGCGUACAGGCUGGGGUCGCUGCUUCUGUACGCCCGUAGGCACACCGCCAGGCACCUGAGGCCGCUUGGCCACGGCUUCCUGGUGGACAACCGCCCCGCGUACAGGCGCCCAGGGACGGCAUAG